UCUCCAGGGACACGCCCAGUUUGCGGGGAGCUCGAGCCAUUUCUGGUGCCAAUGUUUGCUUUUUGAGAUCUUGAUCUUGAUCUUGACUUGGGACCUUAUAUCUUAUUUGCUAGUUCCCGGCCUGUUUGCUUCUUUGCUUCAUCUUAAGCAACUGCUUGCGCAAUUCCGAGCAUCUCCAAAAGCCGGGUGAGUGACAGCCUUUUCCAUUCAGAGGGGCCUGGUUUCCUUUUCUUCCUCGGCCAUUUUGUUCUCACCAUCUUGGUGCGCUUUGCGUUCCAACCGCUUGCAACAACCCGAGCAAGAGACAAAAGGUGUUUCGAAGCACGAGGGCGGAGUAAACGCAAGCCCAGGGAUCCUCCAUUGCGUUCGUCAAGAUGGAGACUGCAGAACCAGUGUCAUACGAGUUUCCCGGCCAUCCCGUCGGGGCUGUUGCGCCUCGUCGAAUGAUGAACUCGAAUGUCGGCCAUAACUUUUCUUUCUAUACCAACCCGACUGCCCCAUUUCCAUUACCGUUUCAUCAAUCCUCAUCGGCCGCGUACGGCUUCGGGCACACUCUCAACCACCAUCACCACCACCACCAUCAUCAUCCGGGUUACCAACACUACUUUGUAGCUGGUCAGCAACCGCUUAAUCAUCAACCAGUUCGCCUUUCUUCUGAGCCACCAUCUAUCCAGCAAAUACCCGAUAUCCGGCCGGCCAAGAAUGCCGUCAAUCGAGUAGUCAGAGAUCCUCUGACCAAGGCUGAACACAAUACUGGCUCACAACAAUCCUCGGGGGCUCAGCCAUCGAGCAAUAGAGCAGCUGCACAGGGAAAAGGUUCCUGUAGCAAUGAGGUCGAGUUCUCGACGGAGGUGGAUAUCUUGAUGAAAGCAAUCCAGGCCAAGACCGGUACUCAGCCACCAGGACUGCAGUCUCUGCCACCACUCCAACAGUUGACCCACGGGGGAAGUAAUGGCUAUACCCAGAGCUAUUCGAUACCGGUGCCAACCCCCCGCUGCACUGUCAUGGUCGAAGAAGCCCCCUCGCGAUCGGGCAAGAAACGCAAGUAUACUUGCACUCUGCCCCAUUGCGGCAAGAGCUUCGCACAGAAGACGCAUCUAGAUAUCCAUAUGAGGGCCCACACGGGGGACAAGCCUUUUAUAUGCAAAGAGCCUUCCUGUGGGCAGCGCUUCUCUCAGUUGGGGAAUUUGAAGACCCAUCAACGUCGCCAUACAGGAGAGAAGCCAUUUUCCUGUGAUAUCUGUCAGAAACGAUUCGCUCAACGAGGCAAUGUCCGUGCCCACAAAAUCACUCAUCAACAUGCCAAACCAUUCACGUGCCUCUUGGAUGACUGUGGGAAGCAGUUUACCCAGCUUGGAAAUCUCAAGUCACACCAGAACAAGUUUCACGCCACAACCCUACGAAACCUAACAUUAAAAUUUUCCCAGGUAACAGAGGGAGAACACAUGAGUCCGCAAGAUAGAAAGCUCUGGGAAUACUUUGCCACGUUGUAUAAGAACAGCAACAAGGGCAUAAAGGGCCGCGGAAAGGAUCGCAGAAUCUCGCCUACCUCUCGGUCAGACCCGGGAUCCGAAUCACGCAGACGGAUCCAGCCUCUCAACAGUAACGAUGACAAGAUGCGCCGAGCCAGUUAUGAAGACGCUUCGAUCUACAAUGGCGGUUCCAGCAGCGAAGAGGAAGAUGCGGAACCAUAUUUUAUUGAGCGGCAAGCUCAUUGACACACCCAAGUUCCCUAUUUUCCCGCGUUUCACCUGUUCGAUUGUUCCCACGAUACCAGCUUCAUUUUUUUUCUGUCCCGUUGUUUAUUUCAUAGCCUCAGCACCUCACGUUGGAAACGGAAUUUACCUCAAUGAGGGACUCCCCAAACGUUAUCGUUCGGCUUGCAGACUCCCCUUAUGUACAUCAGCGUGUCCUCG